AUGACAUUCUUCUCUCCCACUCAGGUGUUUUUGAACUACAGGGGAGAACAACUGCGUCGCAGCUUCGUGAGCCACCUCAUUGAUGCCUUUGAAAGGAAUGAGAUCAACUUCUUCGUAGACAAAUACGAACAGAGAGGCAAAGACCUCAAAAAUCUCUUUCUUAGGAUCCAAGAGUCGAAGAUCGCGCUUGCCAUCUUCUCAACCAGAUACACGGAGUCAAGCUGGUGUUUGGAUGAGUUGGUGAAGAUAAAGAAACUUGCUGAUAAAAAAAAACUCCAUGUCAUUCCAAUUUUCUACAAGGUGAAGGUAGAAGACGUUCGAAAACAGACAGGUGAGUUUGGUGACAACUUCUGGACGCUGGCAAAGGUUUCAAGUGGUGAUCAGAUCAAGAAAUGGAAAGAAGCCUUGGAAUGUAUCCCCAACAAGAUGGGUUUGUCGUUGGGAGACAAGAGUUCUGAAGCAGAUUUCAUCAAGGAAGUUGUUAAGGCGGUUCAGUGUGUUGUAGCAACGAUUGGACUUGAGGAAGAAGAAGAGAAUCAUUUUGGGAAAAAGAAGAGAAAGGAUUGCAAAUGUGAGCUUCCUGAUUUGAAGAAAAGCAGAACCAAAAAGUUGUGA